AUGAAUAACACCAUACGUCCAAGACUGAAUGCUGACGACGAUCUUGAGCAGCUACAGGAAGAAUUUUUUGCCAAACGCCAAGUUUCUUCAGCGUCUGUGAGACACGUAGCACCACCCGCACUCGGACAAUCUUCAAAGAAAAAGAGUAUUUUUGCGCAACGACAGCAAACCAAAAGCCAAACAGCAGCGAAAAAGCAUGUAGAAAGUGAAGACCUGUCAUCUAUGCCCGAUUUGGAAGAAGCUGAUACUACUUCUCAGCAAGUGAAUGAGCCCCAUACACCGGUUUCUAAGAAUAUGCUAGACUUAUCGUCACUUCUCGGCAAUAUACUCGGUGAAGUGAAGGAGAAUCAAAGCGUGUCGGUUGAACCGCCAAGCAUCCGAAAAGGUGAAAUGCGAUCUCAGCAUCAUACCCAGGGCUUUCCGAAACCAGCUCGUCGAAGCGUUUUCAAACAAAGUAUGGCGAUCCAGCAUAAUAAUGUUCACAAAAGUGAGGACGUUAAUGUUUCAGAUUAUGAGCGUGAUAAUAUGAAUCGCAUUGAAACAAUGUCUGCAGAAGAAAUCGAGGAAGCGCGCAAAGAGAUUUUCAGCACACUUAGCAGCGAGUCUAUUUCAAUGCUUAUGAAUCGGGACAAAGGAAAAAAGCAGCACACUGGAACUGAUAACCAGAAAACAAGCAAGCACGAUGAGGAGUUGAUUAUGAAGCAUCGUAUGGACAAUCGAUUCAAUAUCAAUGAUGAGCAAUCAACCAACACUGAGAAACUUUGUCGUCAAUUGAAAUUCAAUUAUCGUGGUGAAUCAUUCGACUCGGUAGUUGACCCAUCAUCUUGUCAGGGUCUCCAUAACCACAGUGGCGAUCCUGAUAAAGCUAGCUAUACGUUGGAGGAGCUAUUUUAUAUGACUCGCAGCCAUAUGCCUUCUCAGCGAGCAAUGGCAUUGAAUACAAUGGCAUGUAUCAUCCAACGUGCAAAGAGAGAUCAUGCAGAUCAAAUAAUCAGCAUUUUUCGUCAAGUGGAACAGGGACCAAUGUUUUUUAUACAAUCGGCGCUGGAUGAUAAACAUCUCACGGUUUUAGUGAGUGCAGUUAAAGCAUUGGCAGCUAUUAUUCUGGAUGAAACAGAGGACACUGUUGAUACUAUCAUGGAUGCGGGGCAGUUCAACGAAUACCUUGGGUAUAUGUCCCUGCCUAAUCGACUUCAAGAUAAGGAUGAUGAUGAUGGUGCCAAAACUACGACUCAAGAUUUCAUCCAAUCUUUGAUUAAUACGGAUCUCUUGCCACGCCUGCGUUAUCUUAUGUUGCCCAAUAGCGAAUUAUGCCAGGAAGACAGCGCAUCGUUUGAAAGGAUUGUAAAUAUCUUGGGAAAGCUGGCGAGACAUGGAUACGAGGCAUGCAAGGCAAUCCAAGAUCACCAAUUACUGUCUUCGACGCUUGAGUGGGGAAUCUUGAAACGCGAUUGGCCAAUGACGCAGAGUGACGAAGUGAAUAGUUAUCCAAGUCUUUCGGUGCUUCAAUUCCUCACGGUACUUGCACAAGGAAAUAGAGAUGUCGCUGCAACAAUCGCUUCACAAGCAACUUGUUUGCUGCAAUAUCUUGUCACUCCACCCGAUGUAGCAUGUUCGCCUCUACAGAACCGCGCUUACGCCUUGCAAGUGGAAGCGCUGAAACUAUUUCAGGUUCUACUGCGUUAUGGAUACGUAGUACCAGGAUUUAGCGAUCUGCAUGAAUCAAUCAUGGGCUGGCUGCGUAUUUCGAUUACGGAGAAAACAAUCUGUAAUGAGGCUCGUGGUGUAACAGCGAUCCGUCUACUAGAAAGCUCUCUUCAUGCAGCUGCCAAGCCUCACAGCACCAUCCCAAAACACGCCAUCGAGUGGAACCAGCCCAUAGCGUUCGUACCAGUGAUACUUGCUGUAUUGCGUACAUCUGGGUCGGGAACGAUGCAUGAUGCAGCAAUGGGGUAUUUUGCAACCUACGUAGGGUAUUUUAAUCAGUUUCCCUCGGACGAUGGUGAAAUUACUAUCAAACAUGCGUGGAAGACAGUCAUCGAAGACAAAACUAAGCUGAGCUAUGGCGGAAAUACCAACAGUGUGCUCCGUUACUUGCAAUUCCUUCGUGCGUUUAGUUUGAUCAAGGGGACGACAUUUCAAAAUAUCAAUCAAGCGGCAAUGGACUACUUGAAGAAUGCGGUGGAUCAUGUUCGAUCAAUAUGUCAGAACGGCAUCUUGGGGAGACUGGCAUUGUGGACCUGGAUAUCGUCUAUCAAUAACCGGAGGGAGCGAAUCCAGCUUUGGGGAUCUGAGAAAGCUUACGACUCUGCUGAACUGGAAGCUACCACCAAGAGCGUUCGUGGUUGUCGUUUGGAGACAGGCUUAGCACGUAAAUUUGUUCAAUACUGCAUCCUUGAUCGGUUGGAUUCUGAGCUUGUGAGGGUCCUUCAUCCUUUCUACUUGCGAGAAACCACUAAAGUAGACGUCGUUCUUGACCAAGAGCCAGUUGAUGUAACGACAUUAACAGCUCCUCAAAGUAUGCCUAGUACAGCUGCAAGUGUUACCAGCUGGCUGUUUUCACCCAUUGAUGAGGUGUAUCAUGCCGAGAAGAAUCAUACGAUGCAAUGGGAUUUCGAGUCCAGGGAAGUAGUGACAGCCGUCUUAGAAGCAGCCUCUUUAUUACUGGAGCAUGUAGCCAUCGACCAUGACGUAGCCAUUGUUUCACUAAUGAAGAUAUUUCUCAUCGGGAGUCGCACACAGCACGAUAUGAAAAGCGAUCAUGAAAUAUUUUGGGACCAACGGGUAUCAAAUUGGAUCAGGCGAUGGCUCGAUAAGCUAUGUGUGGUGCACACGGAAGCACCAUUUGCGGAAACCAUCGAUGACGCUUGGCGAAGGUCAUCUAUCUACACUCGUCAGUCAUUCUAUCAAUUUUACCAAUCAUUUGUCGCCCAAUAUGCGAGUACAUCGUUUGGUGAACGCAACUUUGCACGAUUGCUAGCCUACAUCACUAUGGAGGCUACAGACGUUGUGGACUACAGAUAUUUGCUAUGGAAUGACUAUCGUGAUGUGCUACCAACCAUCAAGGUCAAUCGUAAGGAAUUGCCAAAUAUGAAUUAUCAAGGUGAAGUUAAUCCAGCACUGGUACAAGCAUAUUUAUCAGCUAUUAUGGAAAACAACCUCAGCAAGGAGGAGGAUGGCAACGCAAUGCAUCAUUUUGCAAUCAGAGUGCUUGAACUAAGCACUGCAAGCUCUCUUUCUCCAGGUCUACGUAGAAGUAUUGAACAAGUACUGUCGAAGAAAUAA